AUGAAUGCAAUCAACUCGUACGACCUGCCCGAUCGCGUGCUCGGUGCCAUCAUCAGUGGUUUCGGCCUCUCUUACUUCAUUGUUUUUCUUCUUCAGUUUCUCGUUUUCCACUUUCCCUCGUCGCAAAAUGACAUCCCCGAAGCUCUGGCGGUGAUUGCGUUUGGUGUGGGUGUCAUACUUUGGCACCUAGGUGUUUUCUUCCAUCGGAUUUUCUGCACAUCCCACGAGAGGUUGAAUCAGCAACAGCUAAGACUUCACGCUGGGGUGCUUUUCUUGAUUUGGACGGCGGCAACUCCCACCAUUGUCUUUCUCUUUCCAGCUCAGCCAUGGCUACAGCUAGGAUAUACAUCGGCUUUGGCUGUCAUCGCGUUUGGAAGCCUACCGCAAGGGCUCCUUUAUGAUGAGAACAACCAGAAACCUUCCGACACCUCUUCCAUUCAUCUGGCAUCGGUGAUCAUGUUGUCUUUGACGCCGACAAUUCAUGCCCUGGCCGAACCAGUAACCGGCGCUUCGCCAUUGGCGAUGGCUUUUGGUCGAAUAGUCAUCAUCGGUUCCUUGUCUUUCGCCUUCUAUUUUCUCGAGCCCCUGGAGCGCAUCGGGCUCGCCCGGAUCUGGCAGCUCAGUUUUCACGGGAUGCAUAUGAUGUUGACAUACAGCCUGGUGGCGUACUCCGAAGCAGUGAUGCAAGCCGCGGUCGCUCGAAUGUCGUGA